UCCCACUUAUCUUUAACCCGAGCGCGCGCCCGUCAUCUGUGCCUCACCCCUCGCACAAACCGGCAAACGCCUAAUUCCCGUCGCCGGCCCUCGUCUGCCAACCAAACCAUCGCGCCAUUUCUAAAAACCGCCAUAGCCCACAAUGUCAUCGAAGACGGCCCAGAUGCCUCGCAAGCGCUCCUAAAAACAACCAGCAACUUCAUAACCACGUGCCUCAUGUGCCUGAUCAGUGAAGCACACGUGCUAGCCUCGAAACCCGGACUUCCAUUCCACAUCCUCGAAACUCUGAUCCAAGAAAACUUCGUCACGAUGGUGUAUUCAGAUUCCUAGCGGAUGACGCAAGGGAUAUAAUAUUCUGCGGAAAGGGUGCCGCCAUAUUCAAAUUUGGAGUUGGGGGUGAAGGAUGUGAGACAUGGAUUGGGGAUUGGGGAUUGGGGGUUGGGGGUUGCGGGGGAUGUGGGGAUGAGAUUGAGGGUUGGGGAGCUGGUUAUGGGAAUAUGGAGGAGGCGAAGAAGUUUGGGGAGGAGAGGGGUAGGAGGUUGGAUAGUAGUGGUAUGUUUGGCGUGGUGCGU